UCUUCAUCUGAGAAGGAGGGAGCAGCUUAAGUAUGAUGGACGUGGAAGCGGAAGAGCACUUCCAAAUUCAUGAGCACUGCACGUGCCACCUGUCCGUUGCUUGUUCCAUCCGCAGCGUUAAAUAAGGGGUGUACUAGCGCACAUCCAGCACGUAUCAAUCGUACCGUGCGAUGAAAAUCCAGAAGCUACGAAUCCGAAGAACCCUGGAAUCGAACGGCAGGCAAGUCAGGAAGAGCUGGUACGGCGGAGACGAAGCCCCACUAUAAGAAGGAGAAUUCGAAACACGAAAUUGGCGCUCCCCAGAAAAAAAAUCUGCUUCUCAAAAAAGGCAGUUCAUUCAACAAAAUUUAAUUUCUAAUAUUCCUCGAAAUAGUGUAGAGAGAGAGAAAGAAAGACCGAGAGAAGCAAAGAACACGUUGGUUCUGUGUGGUGAGAGAAAGUAGAGAGAGACUGAGGUUUCUUCACUUUGUUCAUUCUAUAUAUACAUACACCAUUACACAUACGGAACUGAUAAUUCUUGAUUGUUGUGGUCGUUGAUGGGUCAAGUUUCCUAGUCUACACUUAUGUACAAUGGCGAAGCACAAGUUUCGAACUCUGGAAGAGCUGUAUGGUGUCAGUGAAGAGGUUUCGCAACCCAAGAUCACACCAGUCCUGAAAGGGGGUUAUCGGAUACAGGGGCCAGCAGAUGAUGCAGAAUCUGUAAUUCAGUUGACCAUGGGAUCAUGUGGUACUGAAAAAGGAUUUAGUGGGCAUUUCUCAAGUGGGAAACUUUAUACAAGAGCAGAAUCUGAGAUAUGCAACGUGUGUGCUACCCUGUGCUCAUCUUGCAUGCAUUUUGACCGCGUGGCAUCACUAGUGGGAAAAAUGACUGAGUUUUCAGAUGAAGGCUGUCAGGAAAAGAUAGCUAGUCGGUGCUUUUUCAAUGAUGCGGAGUUGCUAUCUCCUUGCAAGAGCAAUGCCAGUGAUGACCAGCAGCAUACAAGUAGCGAAACAAGUAAUCUUCUCAGCGGGUGCUCAAGUCAUGAGUCAUUCUCUGAAAAUGCUGAAAGUAAGGUUAUUUUGAGGGCUUCUCAUACUUCUGAAGACAUUGAGAUGGGUCAACCUCUUGCAGAAGAUAGUGGUCUUCCAAAUCCAUCAACAUUUCAUGGUAAUAUAGUCUUCUCAAAUCAGCACAAAAAUCAGAAUGAUUUAGAAUGCCCUGGUGAUGAUAUCUCAUGCAUUAGUAGGGCUGAUGGCCCAGUUGGUGAUCAUAAUGGGGAAGGAGACAGGAAGAAUGUAUCAUACAGUUCUGCUUCAGUUAAUAGCUCUCCUAUAGCUGUAGCUACCGUCAAUGUUGAACCAACUUCACAUUGUCUGGUUAGUAGUCAUUGUGGAGAAGAAUUGGAACACAAAUCUGAAUUUACUAAAGAAUCUAUGAGGAAAACUGCUGGCUUAUCAAACAAAUUGGACCCAUCAGAGAUUUCUUACUUAAGAGGUGUUUAUGCUGGUCCAAGUCCAACAUCACGGAAGGGAGAACCUUCUGAAUGCUCUGGAAAACAAGUUGAAUCAUCAUCGGCAAGAGUGGCAGUGGCAACCUCUAGCUUUGGUGGUCAAAUGCCAGGUAUUCCCAACUGUGCUAGAUCUGUGAAAUCUGAUAUUGAUUUGGAUGAUGGGCACCAAGAAACUGAAGCUGUACACUUUUCGGACAAAAAGGAACAUUCUGAGAAGUCUUGUGCAUUGCUUGAGACAUCAAGCGCACAGAAAGGUCCUUUGCAAUCUCAGCUUGUUGAUGAUAAUGUUAAAUCAGAUGUUUUGGAAUAUGAAGUAAAAGUUUGUGAUAUAUGUGGGGAUGCAGGUCUGGAGGAACUGCUUGCUACUUGUACCAAGUGCAGUGAUGGGGCAGAGCACAUUUACUGCAUGCGCAUAAAGCUGGAGAAAGUUCCUGGACGGGGUUGGAUGUGUGAAGAAUGCAUGGCCAAGGAAGAAACUCAAAAAGAAAUGAAGUGUACAAUUGGAUUUUUAAAAGGGUCAUCCUUGAAUCAAACAAGAAAGAAUUCUGGGAAUUCAAGUACUUCUAAAUUUGAGAAUUUCUUGGAAUUUGAGAGUAUGGAUUCAACUGUUUCCAGAAGCAGAACAAAAAGCCUUGAUUCUGCACCCCAAUUCUCUGCUAAGAGACCUGCCGACAGUCUAGAAACUGUCCCAGUUACGAAAAAGAGGACUCUUGAAACCAUUACCAGACCAACUAAGGUGCCCAGCCCCCACAAAAAAGAUAUAUUAUCAUGGGAUUCUUCAUUCAGGAACUUGUGUAAGGGGAAAGUGAAGCAAGCCCAUGAAACAUCUUUUGGUGAUAAUUCUUCUAAUAAUACUCUGCAAAGUGCAUGCUUACCUACUGUGUCAGAUUAUAAGUCACAAAAAAUUCCACAACAGCUACAAAUGUCACGGGGUUCUCUUCUUAAAUCAAAUUCAUUCCACAUUUUAGACGCAAAUCUGAAAGUUAAACUGUCUGAGAAAGCUGUUCUUCAGAAGCAAAAAUUUACCAGAGAAACUGAUACCAGUGACAUGAAAAAGGGGAUUGGCAGAAUGAUGAGUAAAUCCUUGUCAUUUAAUGGUGUUGGCUCAAAACAUUUGAAUGUUGCUCAAUCAAAAGUUAAAAUGUUCUCUUCUAAUUUUUCUCAUGUUGAGGAUUUGAAGAGAUUACGACAUGCAAAACAGAACUCACUUCAAAGGGAUCAUAAAUCCAAAUCAUAUAACCCUCACAUGAUUUCACCAGUGGCUGGCUCUGGUGAUUCUGCACCAACAACUGACAAAAAAACAGCUUCUCGUGGUGAAACUGUAUUAGCCCAUUCUUCUGGGAUCACUUGCAAUGAGUUGAGGUCUAUGCAGUUUCAUAGAAAUUCUAAUAAUUCUUCAGAACCGACCAGUCGGCUUGCUCCUAAAGACUUAAAAUGUUCCCAUGGCCAAGCAGGAGUUAGUGGAGCAAAGAGGUCAGCUUUGUGUUUAUCUGAUGUGGAUAAAGAUCCAUCUCCCAGAAUGUCUGAUUCUUCUCAUGAACCCAAGGUGAACCGAGGUAUCCCUGAGGUUGUGCUCACAUCUAGCUCAUCAUUGACUAUUAAUAGGCAUAACUGUAAUCCUGGUGCUAUUCUGCAAGAUCAAUCAUCUCAAACGGGAAAAUCCUCUAAUCAGGAAGAACAAUCCAGGGUUAUCUGUUCUUUCAGCCAGCCCAGGCUGAAAAUCUCAGUUGGAAGUAGAAGUGCACACUGCCACAGAUGCAAAGGAAUAGGCCAUUCUAGAGAAUCUUGCCCAACCAUGAGUUCUCAGGUUCCUAUUCUUGAUGCUGGAAAUUCAAAAGAAGUGAACAAAAGUAGUAAGAUGGGAGAUGUGGCCAAAGCUGCUAUUGUUGGAAAAGAUGAAUUACACAAAAGGUCCAGAUGUCCCAAUCAAUCUGAUGAAUUAUCUAUGUCCAGUUCCAAUGUGAACAGCAAAGUUUCUUCAAGCGAUUACCUGUCAAGGCAUUCAAGUUGGUUAGUGAAUCUGUUGUCUGCUGAUGAAACCAAUGAACAACAAAUUAGAGUUGCUAAGGAUGUGAGAUGGCAUGUUGAGCACAAUACACAAGCAGCAAAUAUGAUCAAAGUGGAGAACUCAAAUUCCGUUGUUCCUUCUGAUGAAAGGUUGUAUGUGAGAGAUGUGCCAAGGCUUGCUUCUACGGUGUCCUUUCCUUCUCGGAUUUCUGCUGUUCCAGAGCUUGAUUACAUAUGGCAAGGAGGAUUUGAAGUGCAUAGAAUUGGAAGGCUUUCAAGUCAUUAUACUGGGAUUCAAGCACAUUUAUCGACUUGUGCAUCACCAAAAGUUCUUGAAGUGGUGCACAUGCUUCCUCCAAAAAUCAUUUUGGAGGAAGUACCUCGCUUGAGUACUUGGCCAGCUCAGUUCAUGGAAAAUUAUGCCACUGAAGAUAACAUUGCUCUCUACUUCUUUGCAGCAGAUCUUGAGAGCUAUGGGAGAAACUACAAGAGCUUGCUGGAAUGGAUGAUUAAGAAUGAUUUAGCCCUCAAAGGAAAUCUCAAGGGAAUAGAACUUCUGAUAUUUUCAUCCAAACUGCUUCCUGAAAAAUCCCAGCGUUGGAAUGCAUUAUCAUUUUUAUGGGGUGUAUUCAGAGUAAGGAGGGUAAAUAACUCAGAACAUGUCCCUACUUCUCAUAUACAGGUUUCUGUUCCCUGCUUGAAUAUAUUACCCUCAGACCAAGAUUUGUCUAUUACUACCUCUGGGCAGUUGUUUGAAAGUCGAUCUGCAACUAACGUAGCCCCACAGGAAUUACGACGCAUCAAUUCUGGAAGGACAAGUUUUGAUCAGAAACCAAGUAGAGUCAAUACCAUUUCAUGUUCUAGUGCUCCUAUAGGAGAGCAGUUCUCCAAUGAUAUGCUACAGACUAACAUCUCCCUGAAUGAACAUAGAGGUUGUGAGGGAAGAGUGGAGGUGGAUCCCAAACUGUGUCUUCAGGCAAGGGGAGAACAUAGGAGUGAAGGCAUGAAAGUUGAGGAAAAAACUGAAUGUGAGAGGGCUCAGAGUGACUUCUGUGGAAUGUAUGAGUACAAUACUGCUAGAGACGCAAAGUAUUCGGGUAAUGGAUAUCCAUCUGGGGUGAAUGAUCCUCAUUGUAGUUUCCCUGUUGAGGAUCAAAGAUGUCAGGGAGCUCAUAACAUUGAGAUUUCUGAGAAAUUAAAGAUGACGGGGGGAUCUGCAUUUUCUGCAUCAGGUUCAGUAGACCUUGGUUUGGGAGUCAAGUUCAGUCAGCAGCAAGUACCCUCAAUAGAUGGAGAAGACCAGGCAAAAUCUGGGUAUCCAAAUCUUGAGCUUUCUUUAGGGGCUGAAAAGAAACCAACAAAACAAGAAAUGGCGCCUUCAUUUCUUGGGAUUGUGAACAAGAAAAGUAAUCAAGAUAAGCAUCAAAAUCCAGAGUCAAACAGGAAAAGUAGUGAUGAAGAACUAUCCCUUUCUCUUUCUCUUGGUUUAUCUUUCCCUGACAGAACUAAUGCCAGAGCCUGAUUCAAAAGUGGUGCAGCCUUUGCCUGAGAAGCAUGCUAUGAAUACUUUUUGAUUCUGUUUGGGUGGCUUCCCAACUAGUUUCAGAAUAUGUGCUGCUCAUGGUCGCCCAACUUGGAUGUUGGUGUGUACAGGAUCAUCAAUAAUCUUGACCAUGUUCUGUAAAGGACCACCAAUUUUCCAUCUUUUCAUGAUAAUACAAGAACCUUCAAGAGAUUGCAAA